UUCAAUUUUAUUUCACAGUAUAAAAUUUUAUUAUAACAUUUAGGCAUUUGUAGCACACGUAUUCCGUAGUACACUAAAAAGAAGUUAGUUGCUUUAUAAAAUAUCCUGUGGAUGCUUAUUUCUACAAAUAGUAAAAUUAUAUGAAGAAUAUAUUGCCGACCUAGUGCCUUUUAUGAACAUAUCGUAACUGGAGCAUGCCUAUUAUCUUUCAUGCCAGACUGGAUGAGUUCAGCGUCUUGCGGGUCGCCAUAUUUUUUCUCUCCGUAGCUGCUUUCGUCUAUCAAGGUAUCCAGGUGAUGAUGGACUAUUGGAAGUACCCGAGCACAGUGGAUGCGCGCACCGAGGGCGAAGGAACGCUGAUCUACCCAGGGCUUUCAUUCUGUAUAACCAAUUGGAUUAACAGGACGAAAUUCUGUGAACGUUUUAAAGAAGCGUGCGAUAACAGCAAUGGCAUUGACGUGAGUGAACUUGAAAAUAAAAAAAAAACCGAGAUAUUAUACAUUUUGAGACAAACGUAUCUUCACACUUAACUUUUAUACUAGUA